AUGAGUAGGCCGAGUUCUUUGAAGGAAGCAUACUUGAGUGCCGCGGACUUGUAUCGGGUGCAGCAGCUGCAACGUGGAUCUUAUGAGAUUGCAAGGAAGAGGACCGAGAGUGAAGGAUUUUCCAACUUCAAGAGGCCGCGACAGAACUUCCAAGCCAAGAAUGCACCUCCUCCAACUCAAGGACCAACACGAGCGGAGCCCGGGAGUCAAGUCAAGAUGUUCACUUGCCGAAAGUGUGGGAAGGAACAUACAGGCAAGGAUUGCAACAGCUUUGCGUUCCGAUGUUUCUGUUGUGGAGAGCGAGGACAUAAGGCCGCUGCAUGCCCUCAGCAAGCUAGUCAAAGGGCGUUGGCACCAUCUACGGGACCUAGAGGAGCAGCAGAAUGGAGCUCGAGUCGUGGAGCAGCCGGAGCCAGACCAUCGGCUAGAGUUUUUGUGAUGGGGUGA